AUCUCCUCCUCAAAAUCAACCCGAUCAAUCAUUCCAAGGAAGGGAUCGCUUUCUCACUCUCUCUCUCUCUCUCUCUCUCUCUCUCUCUCUCUCUAUUUGUGUGCUGUGAUUUGGCUCCGAGAGAGAAGAAUCACAUUAGGUGAAAUCUCUCGUCUGGCGUUUUGGACUUUGGCGUUGAUUGAUUAUUUUCAUCAAUUUGAACAGAAACUUCAAAGUCUGGCACAUAUUCUACUGAGGCAUUGAUUUCUUCCUAGUAACAAAAGUUUGCAUAAGGGUUCCCUUUUCUCUUUCUGACCAUGGCGACUAAUGAAAAUCUUCCACCAAAUGUUAUUAAGCAACUUGCAAAGGAAUUGAAGAAUCUUGAUGAAUCUCCCCCUGAGGGUAUCAAAGUAGGCGUUAACGAUGAUGAUUUUUCGACCAUAUAUGCUGAUGUUGAAGGCCCAGCUGGGACUCCUUAUGAAAAUGGUGUUUUCCGCAUGAAGUUGUUAUUAUCUCAUGACUUUCCACACUCUCCUCCCAAAGGAUUCUUCCUGACUAAGAUUUUCCAUCCAAACAUUGCAACCAAUGGUGAGAUUUGUGUCAACACACUGAAAAAGGAUUGGAAUCCUAGUCUUGGGUUACGACAUGUUCUCAUUGUAGUUAGGUGUUUAUUGAUCGAACCAUUUCCAGAGUCAGCUUUGAAUGAGCAGGCUGGCAAGAUGCUGCUUGAAAAUUACGAGGAGUAUGCUAGACAUGCCAGGCUUUACACAGGGAUCCAUGCUAAGCCCAAACCCAAGUUCAAAUCAGGAGCUAUUUCUGAGUCGACAACCGCACUGAAUGUUGACCAGACCAAUACCGAGCAGAAGAGCACUGCAGCAGGUGCUGCGUUGACAUUGCCAUCCCCACUUGCCCCUUCUACAACAUCCACCAGGGGUAAUGGGCAGGAGCAGCCAGUUGCUGUAGCACCAACAACAGAUACAGGAGUUAGUGGGUCUCAAAAGAAGGAAGGUGGGUUGGCAAAAGUUCAUGCAGACAAGAAGAAAAUAGAUGCCAGAAAGAAAAGUUUGAAGAGAUUAUAAAGAGUUGCAUGGAGACAUGAUUCAAGUGCUACUAUGGGAUUCGUGGCUAACUACGGUCGUCCAUUGAUGGGGAUGGUGGGGGGAAGUUUGGGGUUGGGAGGGGGAAUGUGUGAGUGAACUUCCAUUGGACAAUGUGAUUGGCGUUGUAACAUUUUCAGUUUUGGUAUGAUUUCUCUCGGAAAAACGCUCGUUGCAUGUUCUGAAAAUUGCAUAGCUUUCAUUUUGGGUAUGGUGAAUACAUGCACUUGGGAAAGCCUCGGACCUUUUGAAAAGUGGCAUAAAUCUCGUACCUUUCAUCAA